GAUGUGAGGAGCAGAGCAGCUAGAGCCCAAGGACAAUCCAAGAGGCUGCUUCUCCAGAAUCUCUCUCAAGCUGAGGAAGGUCCCCGCCCUGGCAGUAACUCCCUGCCCCUCUUCCCCAGCUGUGAUUAGUUUUAUCAGAAGCCAAAGUAAGAAAAUUCAGAAAGAGAAAAAACUUCAGACUUUCUGCUCUAGAAACUGCUUCUCUCCCACCCCAGAGAACUAGGUUGUUCUUGCUGACCCUCCCAGCUCUCCUGCUCCGGAAAACUGUUUCAUUGCUCCAAAGUUCGAAAGCAUGGCUUCUGUGUUUCAAGAUACCACUCAGGCUUUGGUAAGGCAGCUGGAUCCCUCAGGUGAGCUGAUUCCUGUCACCAGCAUCAUUGAUGUUUCCUGCUUCCGGCCUUUCUGCCUGGUGAAGAGAACAAGAACAAGCUUCUGGGGAGUCCGAUAUGUCAAGACAGACUUCUCUCUCAGAGAUAUUCUGGAGGACGGACCUGAACUGCCAGAGCCAAGUAAAGAUCCAGUGAUUAAAAUUGGAGAAAACACUGAGAACACUAUGGCAACUGGAGUCACUGCUGCAGACUUUCAGAUUCCUGUGAUGAUCACCUUUUCUGCUGGUGGCUCAGAUUAUAACUACCUGGAGAUUCAGAAACUCAGCAUCGUGCAGGAGUUGGAGUCCUUAAGGAAAAGGAAACUGAAGGUGCCAGAGCCAAACUUUCUGAAGAAGCUUCGGGAGCAUAAUGAGAAUCUGUAUAUGGUGACUGAGGCAGUAGAGACACUGAAGGAUGCCAAGCUGGAGAAGAGGAGGAAGGCUGAUGCAGGCAUAUAUGUCCCUCUCCUUACUGCUUUGGGGUUCAAGGUUGGAAUUCUGACACUUCUGGUCCUUCAUGCAGCUCAGCCGCCCAAUCCAUUACACUGGGAAACCCAAGGCUACCAUCACACAAAGAUACAUGACAUAGCUCAGGCCCUUUCCCUUGAAGAAUCCAGGCCUUUAGCCUUCUCCUCUGGAACAUGUAUAGGUCCAAUGAUCUUUUUCUUUACUGUCUUCCUAAUAGUACUCCUAAUUAAGUCAUUACUUCUUAAUAUUGUUCUAGCAUGGUGUAGACAGUAGAUACUAGCUUUGCAGUCAAGAAGACUCCAAAUGUUCAAAUCCUGCUUCAGAUACUCACUAGUCAUGUGAAGCCUGCCUCAAUCCCUCCUGAUUCCAGUGAUUUCCUUCUUUUAAGUAUUUCUUUAUUAUCCAUUAGAUUGU